CCGUCCCUCGCCUUUCCACACCAAUGCUUGUGACUACGUGACGGCUCUCAGGUCUACAAUGAACGCUUGCAAACGGCGGGGGAGGAGGGAAGACAAACGAGACUACCCAAAAAAUAGGAGGAAAAAAGAAGAGCGCUUUACACCCUGCUUGGGAACCGCUCUGGAACCCCCGCAUGUGUCCUGGGGUGCUUUCCUCCCUUCUCGCCUCAUAGCCGUGUGCACCAGUCUUUAGCUUUGACGAUAUUUAAUUUCUCCUAGGGAUGCCAUUUGUGACUUAAGUGAAUUAUGCAACAAGGGGAGAAGGAAUGACUUGCGGUCGCAAGCAUAAGAUGUUGUAAUUGCUGGUUAUAUGCGGAGUUUGCAAAAAUACUCAUAAUAACGUUGCGAGGGCUUUGGAUUUGUGCCCGUAUCCGUUCCAAAAGAUCAGAAUCCAGGACUCCCACAAACUGCCACACACGCAGUAUGGUCUAUAUAAUCCCUGAGGCAGGUGAAAACCAGAGGCAGCUGCUUCCUCUUUUACAUCUUUUGGGUGCGAAUAUAAGAAGCAACAUCUGGAGCAAGACUCAGCACAGCAACACAUAAAACACACACCAAAGAAAAUCAGCACAAAGAAACCCACAAAUGAAGUGUGAAAAUUGCACCAAAAAGGAAUGUAGUAAAAAACAGAAGAAUGAUGAUCGGCAAAAUACACCAGUUGAUGUUCUCAACUCAAAUGAAAAUGAAGAGAAAAGUGAGUUCCUUAAGUUGGCUAAUGCUAAAAUAUUCCUUAGUGACUGCCUAGCUUGUGACAACUGCAUAACAUCAGAUGAAGCGGUCAGAGUUUUCCAGCAAAAUCAGAAGGAGCUCUUCCGUGUACUGAACCUUAAUAAGAAAUGUGAUACCUCAAAACACAAAGUGUUGGCCGUGUCUGUAUGUCCUCAGUCCUUGCCUUAUUUUGCUGCAAAAUUCAGUCUCUCCAUAACAGAAGCAGCCAAGGGGCUUUGUGGUUUCCUCAAAAGUCUUGGAGUUCAUUACGUUUUUGAUACCACAAUAGCUGCUGAUUUUAGUAUUCUGGAGAGCCAGAAGGAGUUUGUGCAACGGUACCGCCAUCAGAAUCAAGACGAGCAUGCCAUACCGAUGUUUGCGUCAGCUUGCCCAGGUUGGAUCCAAUAUGCUGAGAGAGUCCUUUCCAGCCUAGUAACUCCACACAUUUGCACAGCAAAGUCACCACAGCAGAUCAUGGGCUCCCUUGUAAAAGGUUAUUUUGCCAGGCAGCAGAAUCUGUCCCCUGAUAAAAUUUUCCACAUAAUUGUGGCACCUUGCUAUGACAAAAAGCUAGAAGCCUUGCGAGAAGACUUCUACGCCCCUAUGUAUAAUUCUCAAGACGUUGAUUGUGUUUUAACAUCAGGUGAAGUCUUUCAAAUAAUGGAACAGAGCAAAGUAUCUUUGAAAGAAAUAGCUGAGGUGGCCUUUGAUACCCUGUUUGAUGGAACAAAGGAAGGCGAGUUAAUGCGUCAUGAUGGAAGAAGGUCAGAUGGUUACCUGGAACACAUAUUUAAAUACGCAGCCAAGGAGCUGUUUGAUACUGAAGUGAAAGAUAUAGUAUACAAAGUAUUAAAAAACAAAGACUUCCAAGAGGUCGUACUGGAAAAGGAUGGUGAGACAGUGCUACGCUUUGCCGCUGCUUACGGCUUUCGAAACAUUCAAAAUAUGGUCCUGAAGUUGAAAAAGGGGAAAUGCUCCUUCCACUUCAUAGAAGUUUUAGCCUGUCCUGGAGGGUGCUUAAAUGGGAAGGGUCAGGCUCAGACUGAAGAUGGAAAACCGGACAAGGCCCUGCUCAGGCAGAUGGAAGAUGUGUAUGCCGCAGUUCCUGUCCGACUUCCUGAAACCAAUAGGCACGUGCAGAAGCUUUACCAGGAAUGGCUGGACGGAAUGGACUCCAUGAAGGUCCAAGAAUCAUUACAUACUACAUAUAGCAUGGAAAAACCAGCUGCCAACAAUUUCGAUAUCAAGUGGUGACCAAUCAAAUUGCAUGACUUGCAUUAGGUUUGUUGUACAUAUAGCAUCAGGCAACUAUUCUAUGCAACUGGAGACUGAGGCACUGAUUAUAUAUGUGAACAAUGGAAAGAACUGGAAUUGCCUUUGUUCCCUGUUGGGACUAUGUAGAGACAAACUGUUGCUUGAUUUCAUGUAUAUUUAGAAUGUCUUUAUUUAAUCAGAGCCUGACAGUGUAUGUGUGUGCAUCAGAGGACCUUUUGUAUGGCACAAUGAAUCUCUCCAACUCCUAACAGAGGUGCAUUGGAACAGAAAAGAUUUACCAGAAUCAGGGUAUAUUGCAAUGUGCUUUGAUUCUGAUCCUCGGUACGCAAACCUUUAUGCCAAGAAUCCAAUGUCAUGGAUUUUACUGUUCUCAAACUUGUGUUAGGUUUACAGUUUGUCUCAGACUUUAUAUCCUUACGAAACAUAGUAAGUUACCAAAAUAUGGCAAAACAGACUAACCAGUGAGAUAAUUUCCUAUUGUAUCAUACCUAUUCCAAUUUACUUUAUUAAGGGAUAUACUUCAUAGUUUGAUUAGGUGGCACAAAGAGAAAAACUGAAACAUUGCCCCCAACCAGUAAUGAAUUUCAUCAGCUUUAAUUUAAGCUUGUGUGACUCCUUUGAAAAACUGGGAAUUGUUUCCUGUUACCUCUUUUCAUGGUCCUGCUUCUAUGGACAUUUCUAGCAUGUUGUUCUGUUCUUCAAGAUAUGGGGAUCCUGGCCAUCAAGAAAAGGCAACUGUACAUGGGUGGGGUCAGUCAGCCAGGUCCAAGACUGUAUCUGAGAGAUCCUUCCAGUCGUCAGCAAUUGUGGUUGAAAUUAUUAAUCCAGGUGGUCAAAAUGUAAAGCAACAAGUGCAAAUAGGAUCACUGGGCCAAAGUUGCAGGGUGAGCAAGUCUAAGUCAGUGGAGCUAGAUAAAGUUGCUCAGACAAAGAGGCAGCCAAAUUGAAGCCAGAAUACCUGAAACCGAAUGUUGACCUGAUCCAGGAAGACACUUUUCUGUACUCAAGCCUGCCUAAUACCAAAGUCCUGUAUGACACCUUUGGUAAGAAUGAUUCACCAACUUCUUAUACUGGUGUUAAAUCCAAUUGUUGGGUUUUAGACUUUUCUGGAAUUUACUAGAUAGGCCUUAAUUUUGACAGUAAAUUUUGUGUAGGCGAGACCCUAUCAUCUGUCAAGACCAAUGGGACUACACCAAUAAUGAGUGACUAAGGCUGUCCCUACCUGGGAAUCUGACUCAUGGAGUUCUCAUUUAACUCAAUGGGACUUAAUUUGUAGGAGACAUGCAUAGAAUUGUGCUGUAAGUAACUACAGAGCAAUCUAUUAAGUACUGACAAUAUGCAGCCUCCAUUUGUAUCAUUGGGGAGACCAAUGCAUGCUCAUAGAAAUAAAUGGAGACUGUACACCAGCAGUACUUUAUGGAUUAUGCCACAAAAGUGCAGUUCAGAAUAGUAUCCUUUUCCUACUCUGAGGUGCAACUUCUUCUUUCUUCCAAUAUUAUCUCGCUUGGAUACUCAAUUAAAAAAUGAAACAAAGAACAAGUGGUCACCAAUGCUAGUCCUACUCAGAGUAGACCCACUGAAGUUAAUAGACAUAACUAACGUAAGUUCAUUGAUUUCAGUGGGUCUACUCUGUGUAGAACUUAGUUGGAGACAACCUUAGGCUUGUUCUGUACUUCGAUUACUCCUUUCCUUUUAUCAGUUAUUUCAACUCUGAUGCCCCCAAAGUCUCUGCAAUGGCCUUGGCUUCUUUCAUAGCUGUUCCUUCAUUAAGUUUUCCAAUCUUAACAACAACGAAAAUACGGGUAAACAUUGUAAUAUUUACUGAGAAAUGCAAUGUUUGUGACAUUCUCAAAUGAUCAUCAUGCAAAAACAACCCACAAACAAGCUGGGACCUUAAGGCUCUCUAAACCUCUGAUCAAAGGACAUUGGUGCUUCACUCCUCUCAAAGUGUCUGUCUAAAUUCUCAGUCUGCUGCCCACCAAAGGCAAUGGGUUUUUUUCUGCCCAGGAGCAGCUGAACAGUAAAGAAGUAUAGAAUAUGUUGCCACAAUAAAGGGAUUUGAUGUCAGACCAUGGGGCAAUCCUGUGGAUAAACAUUUGGGUUGCAGCUCCUUUAGCUGCAUAGCAGAGGUGUAUUUUGUGUUCUGUGUAUAUAGAUUUGCUACAUACACAAAAUUGAGAUUGUAUACCUUAAUCAUCUUUCAGCUGUAUCAUUAGAAAAAAGAAAAAGAUGCAUUAAACAGGUGCAGGAGUAAAACACUUCUUAAAACCUACCUCUGAAAGUCACUCAAGAGUGGCUGGGGGAUCCUGGGCAUGCUACUGAAUUAAAACCAAAAGGGUGCAUCCACGUGGCACAUUGAGGGCAUCAGAUGCAUUAUUACAGUACGUCUGUUCCCUCUCAGUCCCUACAAAUACAGAGUACUUCAUUCUGUUGCAAUAUCAGGGUUGGCAUGCAGGAUGCACAACUAGCUUCUUGUUUCAUGAGAGUGUCCUGGAGGUGGGCAGGGAAAGAUACUGGCCUUUUCUAGGGAUAUUUUCCACAUUCCUAGUUGUGGUCCACCAUGCUGAACAGAAGCAAGAGAAACUUCCAUAUGGAUGAACCCACAGAUGUCGAUACUCUUGUGGUGAGGCAUAAACACAGCCUUCGGUGUCUUCAAGUUAUGCUGGCGGUGCAAUUUAUUUUAAUUCUCUUGUUCAUUAGAUUGCCCUCAAAACAUGUUCAGCGCAAUCAUAGCUUUAUAAUUCCAUUGUAUAUUUCAAUGUUUGUAUAUAUCAAUGGAGACUAUCUCAUGUUAAAAUCCUUUAUCUUUUUUAUUUUUUCUUCCAGUUUUGUCUAUAGGUUGUAGUUUGUGAGAAAUGUGUAUAUGUGACAGACCUUGAAAAAUAUUGUACUACUUGGAAUAGAUUUUGAAUUUAAUUUUACAGGCCCAAUGCUCAAAAGGCUCCACCGGCACAAGACCCCCCUGGACUGUGUUGUCUGUCCUCUGCUGUGUGGUAGGAAAGAAGCUGUUUUUCUGUGCCAAAAUGGAAGCUCCCAAGCAUAAAUGUAGAUGAUAUGGAAAAGUCCCACCUAUGUUCUCAAGCAACUUUUUGCUACUGGUUAAAACCAGUGGCAUCAAGCUGAACAAUUCCACUAGUGCAAGGACUUUUAGCUGCACAAUGGACCUUCCCUGCCCUCUCCUCUCCCCAUGUGACCCUUAAAUCUGUUCUGGGAUUUUCCCCCAACUUUCUGGAGAAGAUUUAGAGGUUGCACAGGGAGAGGAGAAGGCAAGGAAGUUCCACUGCACAGCCAAAAGUCUUUGCACUAGUGGAACUAUUUUGUUGGAUACCACCCCAUUAUACCACUGCACUGCAGCAGUUGUGCCCAUGUUGGCCAAUAGCCACAGGAACAGGGUGGCAAGAGACAAAUUUACAAAAAUGCACUCUCCCACUCUUGCAGUGGAAUACAGUUGGAUAACAUAUGUUAGCUUAUUUAUAGUUAUCCAAUUGCAUUCUACUUUGUUACUUCCAAUCAUGUAAACCUUUUACAUUUAGAUGGGCCUGUACAGGCCUUUGUGCUGAUUCACAAAAUCAGAGGGAUUAUCCUUCACAUGCCUUCAGGAACUUCUGGCUUGAAGCUCUAAUUUGACAGGCCCUCCAGUAACAACAGAGGCUUUACUUGCCCCUCUCUACUCACAUUGUGGGGACCACUUAAAUGAAACAGGACCAUGCAACCACUUUUGCUGAUCCACAAUCUUGUGAAGCUGAUAGGGAGUCUUUCCAUCUCCCCCUGCCACCAUGCUUUUUGGGUGUAUUAAGGAAGCUGCAAAAUUUACCACUGCAUGCUACACAUUCAGCACAAACCCAUGUGUCUUGCAGCAUCAACACUCAUGAAAAAAUGGGGAAGUGCAAGGCUGUCAAGGAUGGAAGUACAUCUGAUUUCAUACUGUUUAGCAAAGCAGAAAUAUACAUAUAUACUCUUUCCACACAUGUAAGAGUAAAAAUUAUAUGCAAAUUAUUAGACCGUCACAAACCAAUGUAUAAGACAAGAAUACACUGGCUAUGAGAACAUGGUCUACAGUGUUGUGAGCCAGUAGUCGAUGGAAAGCUCCCUUUAAAAAGGGCAGUGCAUUGAAUUUACUUGCUUAAAUAAUAGUAAGAUACAUCUAGGUUAGAGGCAUGGGAAACAUACACUCUUCUUGUUAGACCCAUGGGAGCCAAGCCACUUACUUGAAAGUAACCCCCUCUGUGAUCAUUGCAAAUAAGAGAAAAAUCAAUUCAUUUGAAAUGUGGUGCUGGAGGAGAGCUUUGCGCAUACCAUGGACUGCGAAAAAGACAAAUACUUGGGUGUUGGAACAAAUUAAACCAGAACUGUCAGUAGAAGCUAAAAUUAUGAAACAGGUUAUACUUUGGACACAUCAUGAGAAGACAUGAUUCACUAGAAAAGACAAUAAUGCUGGGAAAAACGAGCGUAGAAAAAGGAAGGCCAAAGAAGAGAUGGAUUGAUUCCAUAAAGGAAGCCACAGACCUGAGCUUACAAGAUCUGAACAGGAUCGUUCAUGUUAGAUGCUCUUGGAGGUCGCUGAUUCAUAGGGUCUCCAUAAGUCGUAAUCGACUUGAAGGCACAUAACAACUUGAUUUCAUGGUUGCAGUACAUUACAGAAAGCUCUCAGUUGUCAAUUAUGGAUGCAAUUCAUUGACAACAGCUCCUAAUUCAUUGUGAUAGGAUCUUUGUGGAAGCAGUGAAUCUUCAACAGCAUCCAGUAGGUGUAAUAUGCUUGUUAGCUGGAAAUUGGUAGUCCUGUGAUUGAAGUAAAUUAUGAGUUUUCCACCUUGUUACAGCCGUUGCUUGCCAUUUUCCUGGAACUGAUCAUGCUCCUGGGUAAAUCCAGGCAUAGUGAUUUACUUCUUAUUUGAAUGUUGUUUUGGAACAAUUCAUAUCUGGACCCAUAGCAUGUGAGGAGUGUACAUGUGUGUGUACAUGUGCUUUUAAAAUAAAAUAGGGUGUGAUUUUUUAAAAGACUGAUUCAAACUUAGUCUAGAAUGUUUGUUUCUAUCAGGCCAUAAAAUAUGCUGGCAGUGUAAUGUAAAGUUCAUUCCUAGACAUGCUUACUUAGCAGACCCACUCCAGAUUUUUAGGGGCCCUGAUCAGUCUUCCCACAGUCCUCCUCCCAAUUACUACUGCAGCGGCAGCCUCCCCCUUGCACAUUGGACAAUUGGACCACUCAGCUCCCCAGACCAUUAUGACACCGCUAUGUAAGCCCACUUAAACUGCCAUCCUUUCCCUUGUGCAUGAGCUUACCCAGUGGUGGCUGCUUUACACCUGACCCAUUACCACUAGAUAAGCCUACUCACAAGCAUAAGGCCCCCCCACUGGAGCAGUGCCACUACCGUAGCUCAGUGAUAAAGCACCUGUUUUGCAUGCAGAAGGCCCCAGGUUCAAUCCCUGGCAUCCCCAGGUAGGGCUGAGAGAGAGCCCUGUCUGAAAUCCUGGAGCGCUGCUGUCGAUCAGUGUGGAUAAUGCUGCCCUAGAUGGAUCAGUGGUCUGACUCAGUAUAUGGCAGCUUCUUAUGUUCCAAAAGGAAGGUCAAAUAAUGAUGGGUACUCGAGUGAACUUGUAAGGUGCCUGCCCAGUAUGCUGGGUGCUGACUGCAGGUCUGUUACUCAGAAGUAAAUCUCACUGAGCUUAAUGGGAUUUACGUCCUGGGAAAUAUGCUUAGGAAGUCUAAAUGCAUCCACAGAAAUAGUAGAUGGGAUUUAUGAGCAUUUAACGUGGACUUAGGAGUGAGGCCUGUUGUAAAGUGAAUAAUAUGCUCUGAAUGAUGGUACUGCAUAUGUGUAUCUUCUAGACAUUUAGUAGGGAGAAUAUCCAUACUAUGUAUUUAUCCACUUGAGGUCUUUAAAAAGGAAACAAUAGAUGUUACGAAGUUCUCUGGUAAGACCUCAGAGUCAAAGGAGAUUGUAAAAUGUUAAGAGCUGUGCACAUAAGUGACUGCAGUCUUUGACCUUUUCAACAUGAUUGUACCUGAUAACAUUCAGUAAUCUAUGCUAUUUCUAAUUGAGUAUGAAUUUGAAUGGCUCAAAUAAUAAAAAUAUUUGUUGAA